AAGUACUCUUAAAUAAAUAACCAGAGUGAACUAACAACAUCGGCAAAACCAGGUGAAACACGUUGAUCAUCUAUCUCCUAAUGAUGAUCAUAACAUCUCACCAAACUGGGGGGACACUGAAAACAAAAUAGCCAAAUAGAAAAGAAUUUUUCUUUUGUUUCUGAUCAAUUAUCAUUUCUCUUUGUUUUUUCAAGAAAACAAAAAACACAACAAUUAAUGCAAUCCAAAAACCAGAGAGAAACUGCCACUUUCAAAGGUGAAACCGACAUUCAUUAAUCAUCUCUUCAUUCUGCAUUCAAAACCUUGAAAUUUCCCUUGGAAACGGAUUUUUCAUCAUAACCCAAAUCAGCAUUCAGCUCCGGGGGGAAAAAAAAGGGGUUUCAUGGCUACGUUGAGAGUCCCAGAUGAUGUUCCCACUCCAAGAGUAGACUGUGAAAGACUCAGAAGAGCCUUCCAAGUACAUACAAUUCCUGCUAGUGCUGCAUGUUUGGAUGUUGUUCUGAGCUGUUCAUGUAUUCUGGGUUCAUGGGUAGGCUUUGGGACCGAUGAAAAUGCGAUCAUUAAGGUGUUGGGUCGCAGGAAUGCAAGUCAAAGGAAGAAGAUUAGGGAAACAUAUCAGCAGCUUUACAAUAAGUCUUUGAUUGAGGACCUGCAAUCUGAAUUGUCUGGAGAUUUCAGGAAUGCCGUUAUCUCAUGGACAUAUGAUCCUUCCGAAAGAGAUGCAAGGCUAGCAAAUGGAGUCUUGAAAUCAAGGGGAAAAGGUGUUAAGGAACUACAAAUAUUAGUUGAGAUAGCUUGUGCAUCCUCUCCUCACCAUCUGAUGGCUGUAAGACAAGCUUAUGCCUCUUUAUUUGACCACUCUCUUGAAGAAGAUAUUACUCUGAAUGUUCCGAUGCCUCUCCAGAAGAUUUUGGUUAACUUAGUCCGUUCAUAUCGAUAUGAUAAAGAGUUAGUGGAUUCUGAUGUUGCCAACUCAGAGGCGGCCAGGCUUUAUGAAGUCAUCAAGACAAAGAAACUGGAUGAAGAUGAUUUCAUUUUAAUCCUAAGCACAAGAAAUGUCUUCCAGCUGAAAGAAACAUUCCGCUUUUACGAGAAAAACUAUGGAAAUCCCAUAGAUGAGGUUGAGGACAACAGACAGUUAUUUGUUUGCCCAGACACAUUCCUGUUUCUGCUUUCUAAAUGAUGACAUUUCUCUUGCAGGAUAUCGUGAAAUGUGGAAAAGGCACAUUGGAAUCUGUUUUGAAGGUGCUUAUUUGGUGCAUUAAUUCCCCUGAAAAGCACUUUGCAGAGGUGAUUAGAGCUUCAAUUGUCGGGUUCGGCACAGAUGAAGAUGCUCUAACUAGGGCAAUCUUGGCUCGAGCUGAAAUUGACAUGAUGAAAGUCAGAGAAGAAUAUUUGAAGCAGAACAAAUCCAGUCUUGAUAGUGCAGUUAUUGGUGACACAUCAGGGGAUUACAAGGAUUUCCUUAUGACCUUGCUUGGAGCAAAUGCCUAAGAUACUAUCUGGGAAUAUGUCAUCCUUGCAUGUAUUUGAAUUAGUGAAGGGAAAAUUGAAUAUUUUAUCAACAAAUUUAGUAACACAGGUUUUUUUUUUUUUUUUUUUAAUGAUGUUGCAUAUUGUUUUGCAUCAGUUGGACUGUUUUAAAGAAUGUUUCUGCAGUUGGUUGGUUCUUCAUGUUAAUUGUGAGUACUUUUGAAUGACUAUAUCUUAGUUAUUAAGCUUCAGUUCUGACAUUUGAUCUCACAAAGUCUCGAGGGAUUUUGCAUGAAUAGCAGUAAGUGCGG